AUGGACUCAACAAAAGAAAGAGUAGAAGGAACUAGAGCUACAGUAAUUGAAAUAAUAGGAAGAACAGGUAAAAAUGAAUACAAUUAUUUAGGCUCAAGAGGAGGUAUAACUUAAGUAAAGGUACAAUUAGUGGGACAAUAAAGAACAUUAAUAAGAAAUGUUAUGGGACCAGUACGUAAAGGAGAUACUCUAGAACUCAUGGAAUGUGAAAGAGAAGCUAGAAGAUUAAGAUGA